UGCCCGCGGUGUUGCUGUCGCCCCCGGCGUCCGCCGCCCCUCGGGCCGGGCCGGCAAGCUGUGCCCCGCUCACACCCAGUUUGUUCGCUCGGCUCGAGCUGCGGCGACCGCACUCGUCCGCACGCCUUGGGUGGACUGCACUAAUGUGACAACGAGUUUUGACAAGGUCCACUGAGCCUCAUCAGUGCACGAGAGAGUUUCACCUCUUCACCUCUGAAGACGUCUCCCACAGUCGAAGAUGAAACAUCAGGAGAAAGUGUUAUACAUCGACCACGGCCUAUCAGCCCGGGAGUUUCAAGUGAACUCAGUACCGGCCGUGAAAGCGUACACUGUGUGAUCAAGGCAGAGCCAGAGGGAUAAUCUCGCUAAACAGAGGAUUUCAACAGCAGAUAUAGUAGAAGUUGCUGAUGCAGAAAGCUUGCAUGAAAGAAGACUGAGAGCUACACAGAGGAAUAAAACGUUACUGAAGGAGCUGGAGGUGUCCGCGGCGAAGCUGAGGUCCCGCACCUGCUACUGCCCCACCGACUCACAGCUGGCCGCCCUACUCAAGCGCUACUGCGACCACGUGUCCAGGUAGCGGACGCCGGUAUGCAGCAUCAGCAGCAGCAGCAAGUGUGCUGGCUCGGCCCGCCGCUGGACUACUCGUUCCGCGGCCUGCGCGCCGUGGAGGAGCUGUCGGCCAGGGGGCCACGGCGCGGCCGGCGCGGCUACCGCAGGGCGCCCACUGGCCACUACCGCUGCCAGGCGCUGCGCCUCAACAACAACGCCAUAGCCUCCGUGCAGGGGCUCUUCUCUGUAGCCCGCCUGGUGCUGGAGAAACCAGGACAGCUCACAUGGCUGGACCUGUCGUUCAACCAGCUUUCGAGUCUGCCUGAUGACCUGUGCCACUUCUUGGGGCUGAAGAUCCUGUACCUGCACGGCAACCGGCUGUCCGAGCUGUCGCAGGCGCUGCGCGUGCUGUCGCGUCUGCCGCAGCUGUACAGCCUCACCCUGCACGGCAACCCCGUCCAGCAGCGGCCCGACUACCGCGCCGCAGUGCUCGCCGGCCUGCCAGCGCUGCGCUGCCUCGACUUCACCAACGUCACCGCGUCCGAGAGGGCCGCCACCAGCUCGCGGUGA